AUGACUGACUUGCACGACCUUUGUCGCUUCCCCACGCGGCCUAUUACCAGGGGUACUUACAUCCCAAUGCUCACUCUGUACUUGAAGAGCGGUAUCCCUGCGACCUACACCGUGGAAGAGGCCGAGCUCUUCGAGCAGGGCAUCGAAGACCCUGUGGACUUGCCCUCCACCACCACUCCUCUUCAUAUUCUCAUGGAAAAUGUCCCUGUACCGGCGCAAUCGUCUCUAGAGGAAAUUGAGACCGUAUCGGCCAUGAUCGACGAGUUAUUCCAGUGGGGUGCGGGCUGGUGCCACAUCGACACCAAAGAACGUACUCCGGCGUGUAUUCUCGUGGAAAGAGGUCUUAAGGACUCUGUAUACUUUACCCAAAUGGUUGAAGCCGGUGUUAGAGCCGAGUUACUCUUGAGAAAGGUAGGCGAGCAUGAUAUGGAAUUCAUCGACGAUAUAGAGAUGGACUUUGACCCUGAGAUGGUUGAGCAAACCGAAAGUGACGAGGCCGAGAAAAAAGAGGUGAAUGAAAAAGAAGAGGAAGAAGAGAGAGCAGAGCUUGCUGAUGAUCCAGCCAACAACCAGGAAACCUACCUCAAGACCAAGCUUGAAUACACCGAUAACGCUCUUGUCACUGAGAAGAACCGCGAUGGUGUGAUGAUGGACUGGGAGUCCCAGUUAAUGCAAGCCGGUGCCGAUUCGAUGGCGUCUGGCACCAUCGACGAAGACGGCAGCGUGGACCUGGAAUACGUCUGCCUCAACAUUGGGUUUGGGAUGGGGAUUAUCGACACGAUGGUUGAAAAGCACGCGGUAAAGCCAGCCAAGCACUACAUCUGUGAGGCCCACCCUGACGUGCUUGCUAAAAUGCGUGCGGAUGGCUGGUUCGAAAUGCCUAACGUAGUGGUGUUGAGCGGUAGAUGGCAGGAAGCCUUGCCAAAAUUGUUAGAGGAAGGCAUCACCUUUAAUGGGAUCUACUAUGACACCUACUCUGAGCACUACGAGGAUAUGUUGGAUUUGUUCGAUUUUGUUGUUGGUUUGUUGAAGCCACACGGUGUUUUCUCUUUCUUCAACGGUUUAGGUGGCGACAGAAUUGUCAGCUACGAGGUGUACAAGAAAGUGGUAGAGUUGGAUUUAAAUAACUACGGGUUGGCCGUCACUUUUACUGAAAUGGACGCUCCAAAGGAGACCUUGGUCGAAAGCCAGCAGAAGAUGGCGGCUGAUAAGGCUGCUGAGGGGGAAAGUGCUUGGGAGGGUAUCAAGAGGGCGUAUUGGGUUUGCCCGGUCUACUACCAUCCAGAGGCCAAGUUUGCCUAG